AGAGGAAGAAGUGGUAGUAGCGCAUCUAGCUCCUCGCCAGAGCCCGAGGGUUAGCUCAUGACAGCUACCCUCAUCCAUAACCAUUCACCUUAGCUUAUAUUUCUGCUCAGCCUGAGUUUCUUAUGACAUCCUUUAAACACAGAGACGAUAUCCCGCCAUGUUUGAGGAUCCUGACCACCAAGAUCCGUUGUUGCUGAGUCUUAAUGAAAACUAUGAUGACCAGAAUUUGCAACAUCCUGACACAAAAAAAGGACACGCAGGCCUCGAGUACAACCACGAGUCUCCAGAGAUUCAAGUAAUAAUCAAAGAGGAGGAGGAUGGCUGGACUGUGAGUGAAAAUUAUGAGAGCUUUAGCUCAGAGGGAGAAAAGAAGGAUGCCUCCUCACACACUUAUCAUCCGCACCUGAAAGCACGUGGGAAGGAAAGCUCUAUUCUACGCACAGAGAAGAGUCAGCAAGGAGAAAAUUUGGGGGAGAAAUGUUCGGAUGAGCCUGGUGGCCCUGCUGUCUGUGGACAAAGCUCCUCUGCAAUAGAUGAGUGGCAGAGACACAUGCUCAUGGACUACGAUGAGAAACCUAAGAUUUCCUUAGUACAUGGAAAGAAUCCUGGACAUGUGCAUCAGUGCAAUAACACAGUAGAAGAGUCCACCUCCACUCACAUAAGAAACAUGAAGUCCCAUCAGAAAACACAGGCGGGGGUCGAUUGUUACUCUAAAAACCAGAGCCUGGACAUGAGAAAAAGCACAUCUCUGCCAACAGACGCAGAACUACAUGAAACCAGACAAUCAGCACCUUGCCAAACAGACACUGCUGGAUCUGAGUCCAUCAUGUCCGAGGGACUCAGGAGGGAAUCUGCAAACUUAGCGGACCAAACGCUCCAUUUGACUGUUAGACUACAGGCGGAGGAGGAGGGGGAGGAGGGGGAGGCACAAGAGGAGGAACAAGAUGAAGAAAUUAGUGGUUUAAUCAACUCUGAUGGAGAAGUGGUUGAGUGGGAUGCUACAGACAGUCCUGACCGGGGCUCCGACUGCACAGAAAGCCUUCGGCCAAGCAAGGGUGUCUUCCUGUCUCAGUGUCAGCUGCAAGGCCAAAGCCAGAGAGACAGCAGUAGUCCAACGCUCAUCAUGGAAGUUGUGUCUGUGGGGGAGGAUGAAGAGAGGGAUGAAGGGGAGGAAAAAGAAAGAGUAGUAAAGAUGGCGCCUGCCUCGACCUUAUAUCGUGGAAAGAGAACAAGAAGGAAGAAGACGGCUGCAGAAAUCAAAGUGGUGUCACUGGAUGGCGCUGACGCGCAGGAAGAAGUUCUUCCAACUCCCACCAAAAGACGAGGCAGGCGAAGGAGUUCUGAAGUUCCUUUGUUGUCUGUGGCAGAGCUGGAGGCAGAGCCAGGAAUGUUAAGGCGCACCCGUGGAAAGAGAAAUGCUCCUAUCAUAGAGGAACCAGAAGAGUUUGACUCAAAAACUGUCCGCAGAGUUUCUGCAAAACGACCAUACAAAAGAAGGAAAGAUACAAACGCAUCUAUUAAAGAAGAGGGGGAGAAAACACAAGGUUCUACCGGGAAGAAGCGCCCUGGCCGAAAGAUGAUUCAAUAUCCAGUAGAAAUACCUCCCGAGCUUCUGAAGAAGCCCAAAGAGAAGAUAGAGUACCACUGCUCAGUUUGUGGCAAAGAAUUCCCUCACGCCUACAAACUAGAGCGACACGAGCUGAUCCACACAGGAGAGAAACCGUACAACUGCUCCAUCUGUGGGCGGGGCUUCAAUCAGAAGGGAAAUCUCAAAACCCACUACAAAAUCCACUUAGGUCGUAAGGGUGAUUUGGAUUUUGAUGCUGAGAUGGACCCCAUAGCGUCAGAACUCUCUGAAUACUUGAAGUCUCUGCCUGGAGAGUCCAGGAUCAGAUUGUCCCUCCGUUGCCUUGAAUGUGGAAAAGAGUGUGAGAGUCAGUCGGCUUUACAAGCACAUCACAUUACUGAACACACAGCUGGUGAACCAGACGCAGCCGAGCAAAACACUUCACAGCUUCUCUUCUGCCGCCGCUGUGGUAUUCAGUUCAGUGACAAAGAAAAGCUGGAAGAACAUAUGAACACCCAUAUCAAGGAGAAGCGCUACUCAUGUCCGGACUGUGGUAAGAGGUUCAUUAAUGAGAGCUACAUACAAGUCCAUCAGCGUAUCCAUACUGGAGAGAAACCGUUCCUUUGCUCCCAGUGUGGGAGAGGUUUCCAUACAGCUUCCUCCCUCAAGCUCCAUGAGAUGCAGCACUCCGGGGAGAGGCCGUACGCUUGUGCCAUCUGCGGGAAGUCGUUUCGAAUAAACUCGUACCUAACAGCACAUUACCAGACCCACAUUAAAGACAGGCCUUUCAUUUGUAGUGUCUGUGGGAAAGGAUACUCCAGAGCAGAGGAACUCAAGGUUCACCACAGGCUGCACACCGGAGAGAGACCCUACGAGUGCGGAGAGUGUGGGAAGAGCUUCAUCUACCGCCAGGGUCUGCGGCAGCAUCAGCGCACACAUGCUGGGCGACGCAUCGGUCCGACCAGACAGCUCGGGAGACCGAAACAGGAGGCCAGACUGGACAAGAUGGGCUCGGAAAAAACAGACGACUUUGGACCAGCCGUGAUUCUUGCUGAGGAAAGUCAGCAAGAAAUCGGAGGUCUGAUUAACUCUGAUGGAGAAGAAGUGGAUUUCUCAGAUCUCGGAGAUGAUAAAGCUAUCCCAGGCAUGCUACCUGCAGAGGCUCCAACAAAGACGGCUGUUCAGAGGGAGAAUGAAAAACCCCCAUCUCUUCACAGCUGCUCAGUGUGUGGAAAAGACUUCCCUUAUGCUUCGAAACUACAGCGCCACCUACGCACUCACUCGGGAGAGAGGCCUUUCCCCUGCUCCAUGUGUGAGAAGAGAUUUCCUGAGAAAGGGCUGCUCAUGAUACAUGAAAGGGUCCAUACUGGCGAGAAGCCGUUCCCAUGCACUUUCUGUGAGAAAAGGUUUGCCAGUCAGGGGGAGCUGAGGCUGCACCGGCGGACACACACAGGCGAGAGGCCGUAUCACUGCUCCAUCUGUCUGAAGAGCUUUUCUCGACACUGGCAUCUGAAAACCCACUUGGAGGCGAUGCACUGUGAGGUUGUAGCCGGCUUUGUGAGGAAGAAGUUUCCAUGUUCGGACUGUGAAAAAAGCUGUAACUCAGCCGCGGAGCUCAGAGAUCAUCAGAGGACUCACACAGGAGAGAGGCCCUAUCAGUGCUCUUUCUGUGACAAACGGUUCGCCUUGUCGGGAACGCUUGUGAGGCACGAGCGUCUCCACACGGGUAUUACGCCCUACCACUGCACCGACUGUGGGAAGACUUUUGCUCAGCAGUGGACCCUGACUACGCACAUGCGGACUCACACUGGAGAAAAGCCGUACAGCUGCACGCAGUGCGAUAAGUCUUUUGUUGCCCCAGGAGAGCUUCGGAGGCACACCAGGAUUCACACAGGGGAGAAGCCGUACACCUGUGCAGACUGUGGGAGGCACUUCUCACUUGCAGGAACUCUGAGAAACCACAAAAGAUCGUGUACACAGAACAAGAAUGGAUCGGUUACAGAUGCCGUCUCAGACCAAGUGCAAGAUGAAGUCAGGGUGUCGUCCCAGCAGGAUAAUCAAAACAACUCUGAGGUGUCUGACAAUCAGACUUUGUCCUGUGUGCUCGAGCCUCAUUCAUCAGAGGGUCCUAACUGUGAUUCAGAGGAUCAGUGUGAAAAUGACCUGACAGAACCAGAAGACCAACCAGACGAUGUGACCUCCAGUCCACCUAUGAAUGUUAUAGUAAAAGAGGAGGAAGAAGAGGAGCCUUUGUGUGCAGUAGAAGCUCCUGACCAGAUGUCUGUUAGUAAAGAUUGCGUCAUUCAGGAGAAAAAUGAAGAGCAGCAUCAAAGCAACAUAGACAUCAAGAUAACAGUAAAGCAGGAGGAAGAGGAACCUGUAAACGAGUUUCAGAAGGUUCCUGAUAGUGCCCCUGACAGUAAAGGAGACAGUCCUCCAGCCUCGCCGGUGCACGAGCAGUCAAACAACAAUGUGAAAAAGAGCUCUUACUGCUGCGGGCUCUGUGGAAGAGACUGUCACAAAAUGUCCGCUCUUCAGAUCCACAUGAGAAUUCAUUCGGGAGAGAAACCUUACCAAUGCAAUUUGUGUGGGAAACAGUUCACCCAGAAAGGCCAGCUUAAAGGUCACCAGAAAGUCCACACCGGAGAGAAACCGUUCUCCUGCCCCGACUGCGGUAAGAGCUUCGCCCACUCGGGGGCCAUGAACAGACACCGGCUCACGCACACGGGAGAAAGACCGUACCACUGCUCUGUGUGCGACAGGAGCUUCAACCAAUCAGGACGCUUGCGGGAACACGAGAAAAUCCACUACGGGGAAAAGUUUGACUGUCCCGAGUGUGACAAGAGUUUCACACGAGCUUCAAGCCUUAAGAACCACUUCAGGCUCCACACCGGAGAGAGGCCAUAUGGCUGUGACAUCUGUGGGAGAGGCUUCAGCCGCUCGCAGAGCCUGCGGCUUCACAGACGAAAACAUGAUCUGAAUCAGACUGAGGAGGAGUCUACAUUCAUUGUUGAAAAUGAGGAUUCCUCACAGAGCGACGAUAACUCUCCUAUUAAUAUGUGUAUAACAGACAAAAACGACUUAUAAUGUAUUUAUACAAACCAUGAACAUAUGGACCAGUAGUAUUAUUUCAAUACAACGUUAUUGGCAGUUAAACAUGAACUGUUAGAAGGAAAAGUAAGGGACUACCUCUCUGUGAAGAUACCAGAUAAACCUUAACAUGAUGGUUGAAAAAAGUGUUACAGCAAAAAUAUUUAACUCCUAGAUAGUUGGCAUAAAAAAGAAUAAACAGACACAAUAUAGGAUGGGCUUCUGCAACUUACAACACAGUCUCAGACAAAAUGACCAAACAAAUAUUUACAACACACAAUUUUUGUAAAAUGUUGGAAACUGUCUAGAUGAUACAUUUUAGACGUCCUAUGUACUCUCAUUUAUUACUCUUAACUACAUUAGUUUCACACUCACAUGAGUAUUUAUGAUAGAAGAAGUACAUUAUUUAAGGUCUUUGAUUUCAAAUUGUCAUGCUGUAAUUCUCAUUCAAGCUAAUCAUAUAUAUGUGGAAAUGAAAUAUGUUUUUCUAUCAGAGGUCUUCGGGGCAAAUGAGCAGUGUAUGAAUGAGAUGAAACUAGAUUUCAUUGUUGGUAUUACAGGAACUAAAAUGAAAGAAUUGAAUCAGGAAUGAGGCAGUGGGAUCAUGAUCUUCAUCUUUUUUGCCUAAACCAUUUUGCCUUAGUGGUGAAUAGUUUGUGCGUCUCUGUUUUUGUGUAGCAGUUUUUAAAUAACCAAAUCAUGCAUCAUCAGGCUCACCUGGUUUGUAUGACUCUUAAAGGCCAGGUUAACAUUGUGAAUAAAGGAAACAUUCUCCUGAGGCUGUGAUGCAAAAAGCAUUGCUAUGAUGCUAUGUAGGAGGUUAAUUUCACCCUGCACUGCCUCUAUAUAAUGUAUGGGACAUGUUUUAUUGAACAAUUAAAGUGAAAGUACUGAGGAA